UCGGUGCCCAUUGGUUACCAAUGACACUUCUUGGGGCGCGACAAUUUCCGGCUGUUCGUAAUGUCUUCCGGAGUUUGUGCUUCUUGUUUUAGGUCCGAUGCACAGUGAAAGCCAAGUCAAAUUGUUCCUAAUAAACUUGGGACCAUGUUAGGAAACAACGAAACAUAUUCUGCAUAGCUGCCGCCAGAUGAAGCCAGAGAGUAGCGCAAAGCUUGCCAAGCGCACAGGAAGCCAGGCCGUGAGGGGCCUUCAAGUGCUCUCCUCCAGUGGUGGACCUCUCCUCUCCACACCUUCUCCAGGUCGCUGGUCUGAACUUGACCUCCACCUCCCAUCACCAUGGCCUCAGCCCUGGCCCGCAGUCCUCGGGAGGCAUUACUUUGGGCCUUGAGUGACCUCGAGGAGGACAAUUUCAAGAUAUUAAAGUUUCACUUGCGGGAUGUGACCCUGGCUGAGGGCCAGCCCCUCUUGGCCCGAGGGGAGUUGGAGGGCCUGAGUCGGGUGGACCUGGCAUCGCGACUGAUUUUAAAGUGUGGAGAACAGGAGGCUGUGAGAGUGGUGCUCAAGGGCUUGAAGGCCAUGAACUUGUUGGAACUUGUAGACCAGCUCAGCCACAUUUGUCUGAAUGAUUACAGAGAAAUAUACCGAGAGCACUUGCGCGGCCUAGAGGAGAGCCAAGAGUGGGGAGUCAACCACAGCUACAACCAGCUGCUCCUGGUGGCCACACCCAACUCAGGGGACCCAGGAUCACCUCCCAGCCCAGACCUGGAGCAAGAGCUGGAUUCUGUUACAGUGGAGACUUUAUUUGAUCUCGGGGAAAAGCCCUCCCCUGCCCCAUCCUUAGUGGUGCUACAAGGCUCUGCUGGUACCGGAAAGACAACCCUGGUGAGAAAAAUGGUGCUGGACUGGGCCACUGGUACCCUGUACCCAGGCGGGUUUGAUUAUGUCUUUUAUGUGAGCUGCAGAGAAGUGGUCCUGCUGCAGGGGUGCAAACUGGAGCAGCUCCUCUUCUGGUGUUGUGGGGAUAACCAAGCCCCUGUCACAGAGAUUUUGAAACAGCCAGAGCGGCUCCUGUUCAUCCUGGAUGGCUUUGAUGAGCUACAGAGGCCCUAUGGACAGCUGGGGAAGAGGGUGGGGAGUCCCAUGGAGAACGUGCUGCGCCUUUUGAUUAGGAGACGGUUGCUGCCCACAUGCUCCCUUCUCGUUACCACGCGGCCCCCUGCUUUGGGGAGUCUGGAGCCCAUGCUGGGUCAAAGGCGCCAUGUUCAUGUUUUAGGUUUCUCUGAGGAGGAGAGGAGGCAGUAUUUCAGCUUCUAUUUUAAGGAUGAAGAGCCAGCCAAACAUGCCUUUGAAUUUGUACAAGGAAAUGAUGUUCUGUACACAGCGUGUCAGGUUCCAGGCAUCUGCUGGAUGGUCUGCUCCUGGCUGAAGGAGCAGAUGGAAAGAGGCCAGGCAAUCUCAGAGACACCCAGGAGCAGCACCGACAUCUUCACUGCCUACGUAUCCACCUUCCUGCCCGCUGAUGACAGUGGGGGCUCCUCUGAGCUUACCAGGCACAGGGUCCUGAGGGGUCUGUGCUCCUUGGCCACUGAGGGGAUCGAGCAUCAGAGGUUCCUAUUUAAAGAGGAUGAGCUCAGGAAGCACAAUUUAGAUGGCUCCAGGCUUGUUGCUUUCCUGAGCAGCAGCAAUUACCAAGAGGAACUUGACAUCAAGAAGUACUACAGCUCGCACAUUAGUUUCCAGGAAUUUUUUCAUGCAAUGUCCUAUCUGGUAAAGGAAGGCCAAAGUCAACUGGGGGAAGCAUCCUCCAGAGAAGUGAAAAGACUGGUGGAAGCAAAGGAGCAGAAAAAGAAUGAAGAGAUGACCCUCAGUACGCAGUUUUUAUUGGACAUAUUGAAAAAAGAGAGCUUCUUGACCUUGGAGCUUCAGUUCUGCUUUGAAGUUUCUCCCUCCGUAUUGCAGGAUCUUAUGCAUUUUAAAGAACAAAUGGAAUCUAUAAAGCACCAGAGGAGUUGGGAAUUUGAAUUCUCCCUGUAUAAUACCAAAAUAAAGAAUCUUUCAAAAGUUGUUCAGUUGAGUGACAUCCAAGUCAAGUUGUCACAUUCAAAUGAAAGGAAAUUACCUACCGGGAAGCUGUUUUCUGUCAAAACCAGAUUGGAUAAAGGUCAGAAAGUGGAACAAAAAUGCAAUCCUGAGGGUGAAUGCAGAGGGACAGAGGAACGAGACUCAGAAGUUAGAAGCAGCAGGAUGGAAAGCAGGAAAAAGGGGACAGUGGAGAUGAAGGAUCAGAAGGAUCACGGGAUGGAGAAACAGGAGGAUGGGGAAGGGCAGAGAAAAGAUGGAGAAAUGAGAGAUGAGACUAAGGGGUAGCAGAAAGAGUGAAGGACAGAGAAACAAAUAGAGAAUUAGAUUGCUGAGGGUCUGAAGGCUUGGCAUAGCAUCUGGGGAGAGGUCAUGUGGACUGAGUUCUUAGGAACAAUCAUCUUUUACCAUGGAUAGCUGAUUAGCACCCCUCCCUCAAGGGGCUGUUUAUGACCGUCUAUAGUGUGGAGUCCUCCUUCAGUAGCUCUCUUAUAUGUUAAUGCCAAUGACCAAGGCUUUGAUUCUGCAUCUGAUUCCUUUUAAAAAUAAAAUAAGCUACUUAAAAUAAUCAAGCAUGAAGUGAAUUAAUUUGGAGCAUAUCUGUGUCCACACUUUAAGGGAAAUAUACUGUGGCAUAAUGGGAUGUCUCUCUGGCUCUGUAUUUGUGGUCAACUACUGCUUAAGUAAAGAGCAGCCUUCUGUUCUUUCUAGAAGCUUUGAGAAUUUACAUUUGUUGAACAUAAGCCACUGCUUGUCACAGACCUGAACUUUGAUCUUGGAAGCUCUACUGUAACUUAAUUUUAUACCAAUAACAUGUCACUGUCAUCUGCAGCUUUGUCAUUAACUGACUUUUCUUUUUGGAAAGAUUCGUCUGUUCCAUGAAUUGACUAAUAGUAUCUUUUUCUGAUUUGGGUUCCUCUGUAUAAGAAAAGAAGGAGUAAGAGAUUCUAGGUGGAGGUAUGAUCAACUCUCCAUGCUCAUUUCAUGGAUGAGGAAACUGAGGUACAGUCAAGAGCCCCAUUCAUUUCUAGCAUUCCCCAGAGAAAUCUAUUGCUUCCCAUACCUCAGCUAAUAGUGUUCUCAGAAGAUAAACCUCUGAAUGUCCUGGGAGUAAUAAAACGGUGCUCAACUA